AUGCUCAGACCACUCUCUCCCGGUCAAAUAUUAGAUUGCGAUGAGGUCUUUAACUUUUGGGAACCAACACAUUACCUGCAGUUUGGAAGAGGAUUGCAAACUUGGGAGUAUUCACCAGUGUAUGCCAUUCGAUCUUGGGCAUACAUACUUCCACAUACAAUUGCUACAUUUCUGCUUGAAGCGACACUUACAAGAGACAAGGCCUCGCUGUUUAUCUUGCUGAGGUUUAUACUCGGGACCAUCUCAACCUACACAGAAUCCAAGCUAUAUUGGGCCGUAGUUCAAUACGUCCAUCCUCGUGUUGGACGGUAUAUGCUGAUACUCAUGAUGGGAUCAGCUGGCAUGUUUAUAUCAUCAACAGCUUAUCUCCCAUCCACCUUCGCAAUGUACUGUAUAACACUAGCCUUCUGUCACCAGCUACGGCCACCAUCUCGAUCAAGGACGGAAUGGGUUGUCUGGUGGACUGGCUUGGGAGCUCUAUUAGGAUGGCCAUUCGCAGCUGCAGUAUCCAUACCUUUUGUUAUAGAGGAUGUGUUCAUGUCUGGACAAGGAUGGAGAAGGCUUAAAUGGAUGUUGUGGGCUGGAAUCGUUACUACCAUUCUCGUUGUGUGGCCCAUGCUACACAUUGAUGGAUUCUUGUAUGGGAGGCUAAAGCUUGUACCUCUGAACAUCAUCACCUACAAUAUCUUUGGUGGUAAAGAUCGUGGACCAGAGAUAUACGGUACAUCACCAUGGUGGUUUUAUAUAGCCAAUGGCAUGCUGAAUUUCAAUAUGGCCUUUCUCAUGGCUUUGGCUAGUUGGCCUCUUCUGAUGAUGACUAGGCUCAUGAGCAACGGCUCCUUCUCAGCCGUACUAGCUCCAGUCAACAGCGAACCUCGACAGAGGGUAGCUUUCAGAAUCCUGCCGUUUUAUUUCAUGCUGUACAUAUUCAGCACUCAACCACACAAGGAAGAGCGCUUCAUGUUUGUGGUGUAUCCAUUGAUAUGCUUCAACGCUGCUUUGGGCAUGUAUUGUCUGAAUCGACUAGUUGAAGGAGUGUUGCAUGAUUUGAACAUCCCAAGGGGAGAUCGAGUAACAGCAACCCUGGGCCUCUUCAUCCUCUCCGCAUCAACUCUAGUAUCCUUCUCACGAGCAAUGGCCCUGUAUAUACAUUACUCUGCACCAAUAAGCAUUUAUCGCCAUCUUGCAAGUGAAAUAACGAAUACUAUGAGAUCUGAUGUGACUGUAUGUGUGGGGAAGGAAUGGCAUCGAUUCCCAUCGCAUUACUUUCUCCCGAAUCAAGCUCAGCUCAAGUAUGUAAAGAGUGAAUUUGAUGGAUUGCUGCCUAAGUACUUUUAUGAGCCUAUAUCGGAUACGGAGAGUAGCAGAAGUGGGUCGAGGAGUCGCUGGCAGAGUCGGGAAGGUGCGUGGAGUGUGCCUGAUGGCAUGAAUGAUCUAAAUCAAGGUGUCUUUGAUGAUCGAUAUGUCAAUCUGACGGACUGUGACUACCUCGUCGACUUGGACUUGCCUGCCACUGCAACAACAUACGACCCAACAUCACUCGAACCUCGAUACAUACUCGACACUGAAUCAUGGAAGGUCGUCAAAUGUCUCCCAUUCUUGGACUCGGCUAGAUCAUCACGAAUUGCAAGAGCACUCUGGAUUCCGGAUGUGUUUGUGUCUUUGAUUGAUAGUGAAAAGGUGGAACAGGUUAUUGGGAGAAAGGAGUGGGGAAGUUAUUGUGCUUUGAAGGCUCAAAGUAGUGAGAGUAUAGAUAUUAUUACGUAG